GUAUAAAGUUAUUCAUCUCACAACUUAAAUAUACCUAGGUAUAAACCUUAGGUGCUUCAGUGCACAGAAGUAUCUACAGUAGAUAACUCCGAUAAGAAAUUGCCCCACACACAGACCCUUUGUACCUUUAUGUACUGUAGCGGUUACUUCCAAGGUUCUGUAUUGCUUAACCCCUCCAUUCGUUCAGUUCCCCUCCAUCGGCGUAAAAAAAUCCUCGAGCGGCUGAAUAGUAACAUGAACCAUUUACAACCAUCUUUCAACCGCGUCGCAUCACGUCAUAAGGCUGAACCUUUACUAGCUACCCUUUUCAGCCUGUAAACUCGAUUGGAUAUUCUUGGCGAUUUAAAGAUACCCAACACUCUUCUACUAUUUCUAGUGAGGGGACCUGACGAUCAUUCACCAUGAGCAAGUUCGGGGUUAUGGUGAUGGGCCCAGCCGGUGCUGGCAAGUCCACAUUCUGCGCCGCUCUCAUAACCCACCUACAACUAAACCGCCGAUCCUGCUUCUACGUCAACCUCGAUCCCGCCGCCGAGACAUUCGAGCACACACCAGACCUUGACAUCAAGAACCUAAUAUCCCUCGAAGAUGUAAUGGAUGAAAUGGGUCUCGGUCCAAACGGUGGUCUAAUUUACUGCUUCGAGUUCCUAAUGGAAAACCUCGAUUUCCUAACGGAAGCACUAGACUCUCUAACUGAAGAGUACCUAAUUAUCUUCGAUAUGCCGGGCCAAAUCGAACUCUACACCCACGUACCCAUCUUACCAGCACUUGUUCGAUUCCUAACGCGAUCCGGUUCCCUCGAUAUCCGACUCUGCGCUGCUUAUCUUCUAGAGGCUACUUUUGUAGUGGACCGAGCCAAGUAUUUCGCCGGGACUUUGAGUGCGAUGAGUGCCAUGAUAAUGUUAGAGGUACCUCAUCUGAACAUUCUAUCUAAGAUGGAUCUUGUCAAAGAUCAAGUCCGAAAGAGAGACCUUAAGCGAUUUAUUACUCCUGAUUCUGGUCUACUUGACGAUGAUCCGGCUGAAAUUGCGCGACGAAAGGCAGAAGGCGAGACGGGAGAAGAUGACGAGUCGGUAGAUCCUCAAGACAAGGAUGCUCUCAUGCGAGGUACUGGGUUCCGACAACUGAACAGAGCUGUGGCGAAUUUGAUCGAGAACUUCAGUAUGGUCAGCUACCUAAAGCUGGACGUACAAGACGAGGAUAGCGUCGGGGCGAUUCUUAGCUAUAUCGACGACUGCAUCCAAUACCAUGAGGCACAAGAACCCAAGGAACUAAAGGAUGAUGAGUUUGAAGAUAAUGAUGGUAUGGACGGCUGAUACACAUGUCACAUCAACG